AUGGACUGCCACCAUUUUCAACUUUUGUACGAAAACCUGUGCAACAAUGGCUUCCCAGGCUUAAAGCCGUUCGAACUAACAUGGGAUGAUUUCUAUCAGGAGGUGGAAACUUCCAAGAAGCUGGUGAUGGCUAAGGCUGGUAAAGAAUCAUUCCAGUAUCGGAUGUAUGAACUCUAUAGAAAGGUUCAAGAGUAUUAUUAUGGUUCUGAAGGUCCUCCAGUACCAGGCUGCCGCCCGCCAUCUAUCAACGACCGAAAGCUGGAACCAUACAAUGGCUUUUCAAUGGAGCUAGUUGCGAAGGUUUUCGAUCUUGCUUGUGCCAAUCCUCCCGCCCCAGAGCUGAUGCACAAUGGUCUGCCAAUUGGUGCCUUUUUUUGUGUCACCGAGAACGCAUACCCAGCUCUGUGGGGUCCUGAUAGAAAGCAUCUCAAUAGGCUGGAACAACAGCUUCGCGGUCAUAUAGUAAUUAAAAAUGUUAAUCUCAGGGGCAAAAACAAGUUUGGGCCAUCUGGUCUUGGGGUGAUGGUUCUCUGGUCUGAAUUCUCGAGCCCAGAAGCCGCAGCAUGGGACGCUGAAUUGCAAGCUGCUAAAGUAGAAACGGACGCUUUCCUCGAAUUUUUCUGCAACAAAAUCGUUACGAAGACAGACACAGAUGGCGCGAUAGGUAUUUUCAGCAUCCCCAUCCACAAAGCGUAUGCGGAAUGGGAGUCGGGGUUGGGCAAGUCAACAAUACUCAGCCGAAUCCGCCCUCGAAUCCACUUGAGAAGAGGCUGA